CACCCUUUCCAUAGGCGGUUGGAGGUGGUUCUCGAGCUGACUUUCCUGCGGUGGCGUCGUUGGGCCUGACCUCGGUGGGCCUGACCUCGGUUUUGCCCGUGGGCGUUUUGUGGAGCGUGGGCGCCAUGUUCCUUCCCGCGGUGUGCGGCCGCGGGGGGACAUUAUCAUGUUUUGGAAAAGUUGAGGAUUUACUACCUUUCAGGACGUUUGUUUAUAAAAAAGGACGCCUCCGAGAUUGGGAAUUGGGAGCAAAUGGAGUCAGACUGGACUGAAACGCAAGACUCUAACCUUGGGGAAUUGAAAGGGCCGCCUAAUGGCUUCUGCAGGCCUGAGGUCUGGGGGGUUACCGUCCCCUCUGCUCUCCCCCCUUCCCCCCGCCCCUUGGGCAAGGGCCUCGUUUCCGCGGUGCUGCCGAGGUCCCUGUCUCCAGUGCCCAACCUUUCUGGGCUUCAUAUUAUACCCAUCUCAGUACUGUUUGAGUUAAGAGUUAUAAGGAGGACCUGUUUAGUGAGCGCCUAGUCUAUGUCAGCCAGUUUGCUGAGGGUUUCACAUAUUGUCAUACGUAAAAGCUUUUCAACAUCUGAGCUAGUUAUUACACACGUUUUAUUGGUGAGUGCUCCUAGGGGAAUGUAAGUGGCAGAACCGACCAAAUCCAGGCCUACCAGACUCCCAAGCAGUUAUACUUUACUCCCCCAAUAACUUGUGUCUAAUUUUUUAUUAUAAAAAAUGUGAAACAUUACCCCAAACAGUGUAAUGAACCGUCAUAUACCCACCCAAAUUUUGUUCUUUUAACCAAAUCACAAGCCUAUAGCAGUCCAUGGGUUAUAAAUAAUCUAUAAAAGAAGUCUCAUUAACUGCUCUCAUUGUAAUAACUAGCUCAGAUGUGGAAAGGCUUUUAUAUAUGACACUUGGCACUACCCAAUGACUGCCUCUUGACGAUUCUUUCCUUGCCUCUUAUUAUUUGAGAACUUAAUUCCCCCCCAGAGACUAUAAAGUGCUUUACAAACAUUACUAUUAAUUAUAGCGAAUGUUUACUUUGGACUUAGAAUGUGCAGGCCUUCGCUAAGGGCUUUAUCUGCAUUAGCUCUUUUAAUCCUAUAAGAUUAAUGAUUUGCUCAAUUUACAGAUAAAAAACAGGCAUAAAGAUUAACAAAAUUGUCGAAGAUCUAUAAGUAACAGAAAUUAGAGUUUGGACCCACUCUGUCUGACACCACUGUCCAUUCUUUUUAAGCACUAGAUUAUGUGGCCUCUUACCUGUAGUAAUAAACAGUGAGUGAAUGAAUUAAUGUGUCAGCAAACUUUGGGGAGGGCAUAAUAUUGUUUCCCCAAUAAUAACUUAAGAGAGAAAGCCUCCCAUCCACCAUGCUCCAGCACCCAGUUCACACCUGUUCUAAAGCACUUACCAGCUUGUACUGCAAUAAUUUGUUUAGAUAUCUAGUUUUCCUUAGACUGACAUCUUUAAGGCCAGGGACUGUGUCUUACUCAUUUUUAUGUUCCCAGGGCUUAGCCAGUUCCUGACAAGCAGAUGGAACUCAAAAAUAGUUUGCUAAGUGAAUGGAUGAAAGACUCAAAUCCGACUCUUCAAUACUGCACAGCCCAGCAAAUAGCCAGCUCAGAUGUGGGUUGAAACAGCACAAGCUUCUACUGGAGGGCUCAGCUCUCCUUAUAACUCCUCAGAGACCCUAGAUAUGCCACGAUGUAUUGUGGAGUGGCUGCAUUUAGAAGAGGGGGAGGAAAGCCCAAACACUGUUAGUAAUCCAGGCUUGGGGUGGAAAACAAGGUUGAAGUUACUCAUUAGCAGGUGAAAGGGUCAAGGGUCGAGGCAAGGGGGCUGGAAGCAUAGUGGACUGAGCAGCUAGUGGGGGAGAACAGUUAAGGCACCAGCCACUCCACGCGGAGCACCAGUUCCCUCUUGCCUGAAGAUGUUCCACCAGAUUUGGGCAGCUCUACUCUACCUCUAUGGCAUUCUCCUUAACUCCAUCUACCAGUGCCCUGAGCACAGUCAACUGACAACUGGAGGAGUGGAUGGGAAAGAGUUCCCAGAGCCCCACCUGGGCCAGUGGUACUUUAUCGCAGGGGCAGCUCCAACCAAGGAGGAGUUGGCGACUUUUGACCCUGUGGACAACAUUGUCUUCAACAUGGCUGCAGGCUCUGUUCCCAUGCAGCUCCAGCUUCGAGCUACCAUCCGCACGAAAAAUGGGCUCUGUGUGCCCCGGAAAUGGAUCUACCGCCUGUCUGAGGGAAACACAGAUCUCAGAACAGAAGGCCGCCCUGACAUGAAGACCAAGCUCUUCUCUAGCACAUGCCCAGGUGGAAUCAUGCUGAAAGAGACAGGCCAGGGUUACCAGCGCUUCCUCCUCUACAAAAGGGCUGGGUGCUUCCAUGAGAUCCCUGGUGAGGGAUCGCUGCCCUUCCAGAUCGCUCACCACACCCUCCUGAGAAGUGUGUGGAGGAGUUCCAGUCCCUGACCUCCUGCCUGGACUUUAAGGCCUUCUUACUGACUCCCAGGAAUCAAGAGGCCUGCGAGCUGUCUAGUAACUGACCAAUGGUUCAUCUGUGCUCCCAGAUGGAUACAGUGGAAGCUGAGAUUGUGGGGUCGGGGGGAAAAGCUGGAGAAUCCCAAAUCCCUUACAAGAGUAAUAAAGAUGAUUUUUCAAUCCUCA